AUGGUUGCCGAGACCAAGCUCUACGACGCUUUGGGCAUCAAGCCCGAUGCCACACAAGAUCAGAUUAAGAAAGCAUACCACAAAGGAGCAUUGAAGCAUCACCCGGAUAAGAACAAGGAUAACCCAAAUGCUGCUGAGAAAUUCAAAGAAGUAUCGCAAGCCUACGAAGUCCUAUCCGAUCCAGAAAAACGUAAGGUCUAUGACCAGUUCGGACUCGAAUACCUGAUGCGCGGCGGCCCUGCACCGCCCCCGCCAGGGGGAGGCGGAGGCGGAGGUGGCAUGCCCGGAGGAUUCAACUUUGGUGGCAUGCCCGGCGGCGGCGGCAUGCCCGGUGGGGCCCGGACGUUCCACUUCUCAACCGGCCCUGGCGGUGGUGGUGGGUUCAGUUUCAGCAAUGCCGAUGACAUUUUCCGCAACUUUGCCAAGGCUGGAGGCGGCGGGGGCGGCAUGGGUGGUAUGGGCGAUAUGGAUGAUGAAGAUCUCAUCUCCAUGCUUGGAGGAGGACUGGGCGGCGGCGGCGGCGGCUUCCGUAGCGGCCGCCAGGGAUACCAGAAACCGAAGCGCGCACCUACACCCGAGCCGACUAUCAUCGAGAAAGACCUGCCUCUAACUUUGGAGGAAAUUUAUACCGGUACCUCCAAAAAGGUCAAGACGAAGAGCAAAGCCUUUGACAAGAUGGGCAAACUUACUACAAAGGAGGUGACUUUAGAAGCCAACAUCAAACCUGGACUACGUGCGGGCUCGAAGAUCAAGUACAGAAAUAUUGGGGAUCAGGAAGAAGGGGGACGGCAAGAUGUUCACUUGAUUGUAAAAGAGAUCGACCAUCCUACUUUCAAGCGUUCUGGUGAUAAUCUUGUCACAACGGUCGAUCUCAGCCUGAAGGAAGCAUUGACAGGCUGGGACCGCAUUGUCCGCACCAUCGACGGCAAGUCGAUCCGUGUGUCUAAGCCCGGUCCAACCCAGCCUGGCCGUGAAGAGCGCUACCCCGGCCUAGGCAUGGUGAGCUCGAAGAACCCCAAGGAACGUGGUGACCUGGUUGUCCGCGCCAACCGCGUCGAUGCCAGCUUCGACCCGCAGCAAGCUGUGUUGACCACGUCAUCCCUCUCCGUCCGUAACCUGGACGCUGCGCGGGAAGAUCGCGUUACGGUCGGAUUGGACGAGCUUCCGGAGGAGUUGCGUUCUGUCCUCGAGCAAUCUCAUGAGCUCCACCUCCGCUGGGCCUCCGAGAGACCUUAUGAUGCUGUCGCGCCAUUUAGUAGCCGGGUUUCGCCUGGUCUGCAUGUGCAUUAUACCCCGCUCAAGUCGGAGUCAUCUUCGGAGGAACUGUGCACACUGCUCCGCACGGUAGUCGCGCCCGGCAAAGACGCUCAAUAUAAGGAUUGUUCGAAGCAGGAGGAUUCGUUCAUUACACCCCCGCUUCUCUCAACACGAUUCGCUUCCUCGACCUCCCUGCAAUAUUACACUCACCUCCCUUCCAUCCAGCCUUUGGUCAAAUAUAUUAAAUCCACUGUCUGUAGCCAGAGUCGCGCAGAUGGUUCCGAGUGCCAUACCCGGGCCGAUGCUCUUCUCUCCGCAGACUCGGUCGAUAUCGACUAUGACGGCAUUUCGCACGACCUAAUUCUGUCUGGUCUCUGGACCAGUCCGCCGACGGGCGGUUGGACGGAUGAGUUUCAUAAGCCAGCAUCUGCUGAAGAUCAACUCGAGUUCGGUCUCUUGGGUGCUGAGGCAGGGCUUGAGCCAGAGGAUAUCAAGAUGGGCGGGCUAUUAGCAGUUGUUGGGCAGGACAAGAAGCUCAAGCCGACCAUGUUCUCAUUCCCCUCCCGCCAUCAACCUCUCACUGGACCAUCGAGCUACACCGUCUCCUUCGCUCCUCCAACUGGUCUCCACCCAACAAUGUCCAUAUCCAUGCCCCGAUCAUCCAUCAAACGACCCCCAGCACCCAGCGACGCAACCUGCGCUCUACACACAUACCUUACCCUCCCCUCCACCAUCUUCGGAGAUCAAUACCAGCUCGCGACAACAGACCCACUUUUCCUCGAGUCACACAAUCUCGUAGCCCUGCGUGCCUUAGCAGGUGAAAUGGACCUUGAAGCCCCAGACUGGGUUGUUCAGCGCUGGGGCUCAAACUGGCUCCUCGAACUAGCAACCCCACCAGAAGCCGAAGACGCGGCUAGCACACCAGACCAUUCAAAUUGGACCGCCACUAUUCCUCUACACCUGCGCUACCUGCCCCCCUCCGAAACUGGACACCGUACUGCCUACAUUCCCUGGCCCGUCGUCUUCUGGGCCUGUACUACCGAGGAUACAAUGAAGAUGGGUUUGAACCCCUUCGACCGCACAAAUCUCGGCUGGGAUAGUUUGUUCGGUCCGCGAACCUUGUUUUACCAGCUUCAGCCUGCGGGUGACCGUCUCGUUGAGGAGAUCGAUGUGCCGGUUCUACGACUUGAACGCGGGGAUGGCUACUUCCAGGGUAAACAUAUUGAGUUUGGCACUUGUGUGGUUAUCUCUCUUGGGUUCAUGUGGGUGCUUUGGCAGCUUGUUCGUGUUGCUUGGUCGUCUGUCAUUGGAAGUAAAUGGGCCGAGCCAACUCAUGAUAAGAAAGAAUGA